AUGGUGAACUCAAGAGGGGGGACUUUCACACCUUCGCCCGCACAGCAAACGAUUGUGACAGGCGUCAGCCAUUCGCCCCACGGCUCCCAUCAUAGUGCUUUCAGUGCUGGCGCUAGCCCCAGCACGAACAGUCCUACUGGAUCCAACUCCCUUACGAAAAUCGUUGUCGCCCAAGUCUACCUCCUUCUCAGCACGAUCAAGGAAGAUAAGGAUCGCACAAAGUGGGAACUCCAAGCUGACCAGCUCAGAAAGCUGAUCGAUGAACACGGCAUGGAAGUAUUUCAGAAAUACUUCAGUCGUCUUGUGGCUGGCAAUGCGCCUCAAAUAUUCCCCGGCCUGAACAGACCAGUAGCAAAUGCUGGGAACUACCAGGUGCUUGUCAACGAAGUGCGCAAAGUAUCUCACGAUGUCGACCAGGCUGGGAAGAUCGCGGAGUCGAUAGAGACCGCAAAUGAAGAUAUCUUCCGCGAUUUCGACUUGUCGACAUUCAUGGAACACUUUAAGCUAGAUGCGCUCGAGAAGACUAUUCUAGCAUUGGCGUUCAAGACCGGAUCAAGGUCAGAUCUGAAAACAAAAUCCGACGCCAUUCUCUCCGCGAACUACACCAAUUUCUUGCAAUCACUCGCGCGGCCUAGCCCCGAGCAUGCAGACCUCACACCCAGCUUCCUAGCAAGCAUUAUAGACCGCUUCAUCCAAGAGCACCCUCCCAAUUUCGAUAAUCAAGCCCGGCAAGAUCUUCACCUUGCCAUCCACUACCGAUAUGCAAACUCUGGGCCAGAUGCGACGCCUUCAACAGAGGUUCUAGCAGCCCUUUACCUCCUGAGAAGUCUGAGCGACAGCAAUCAAUUAGUUCUAUACAUACAGCGGAUUGGCUCAGCCAUGACCGCCGAUGAGGAAUCCUGCAGAAAUUAUCUGCGCAAUGUUGGAGAUCCACCGCUUGACGAGGCACAGGUUGCAGCGGCUUUAAUUUAUACUACAAUCAGCCGAACCCAUUCCUUCUCAACAUCCACGUUGGUAAAUAGCCUUCGAAAGGAAGUGUCGAAAGAUUUUAGCUGGUCACAGGUUGUCGCAAACUUCGACCAGUCAGACCUACGAAUAACUUCUCAACAAUUCCUUGCCCUCUAUUCCGCUCUCCGACCUCUGGCGGUUGAUGAGCUUCUUGAUAUACAGCAAAUGUGGGGUGGCAAGUGGCAGAAUUCUGAGACUCAGCUGUCUUUUAUCGGUGCAUUCCUCUCCCUGGCGCCGGAUGAAUUGGAUGCUACAUCCAUCCCAGGGCUCCAGUUCUCUUUCACUCUGGAGGAGUUUACUGGCGCUGAACCCGAGAUCUACGAACGCGCUGCCCGGGCAGUCAAACACCCUCUUGUGUCGGCGGCCGCCUUGUCGGCUAUGUUUCAUGUCGCGUUGCAUGCACAAAGCGCAUCUGAGACUGUUGAAGCUAAGAGGCUCUUCCAAGGGGUGGUUGUUCCGAAUUUGGAUGUGUUCUUGGUCUCAGCCUUUGGUGUGCCGAAACCGUGGCCUGAGAUUGCGAAUGACACCAUCAACACCUUGUUUGAUCGCUUCUUGUACAAAUAUGAUCCUAAUUACGACUUCGUUCUGGAAGGCCUGUGGCGAAAGGAUAAGGGUUGGGUUGCCGGGAGAUUGGUCGACGCUCAUGCAAAAGCUCCCAUGGAACUGCCUACUAUACUCGACCACUCUAUCAGACACCAAUGGCUCGAGGAUUUGGUCCUUAUCCUGAGCGGGUUUGGUCUCGACCUCACAGCCCUUGCGCAUGCGCGUGGUUUCUUGGACCUCGACAAAUGGGCACAGAUGAACACUGGCCGAAAUCAGGAACUUGCACGAGCUCUGAUGACCUUCUUGAACAUCAAAGCUCGUCACGAGUUAGAUUAUCAGCGUUCUGAAGACGGUCAAUUGGUCAGCGUCAUGCUUCCUGUCAAGACUAUUUCUGCUCUGUUGAACAUCCUCAGUGAGAUCCUCCCAAAGACACCUGAACCGGAUCUCAUCAUCGUUCAACGGACGUGUAUUACCGCAUAUCCUCGACUCAUCAACUAUGGAGAAGGGUUCGACGACAUUAUCGAUACGAAUGGCAGAGAAUCUAACUCCUUGCCCAAGGAAGCAAAUGAGAAGAUGGAGGAGCACUACAAACGAAUGUACAACCAAGAUCUGCAGCCUCGGGACGUUGUACAGGCCCUUGAUCGAUACAAGCACUCGCGUGAUCCAGCCGAUCAAGAUGUCUUCGCUUGCAUGAUCCAUGGCUUAUUCGACGAAUACUCCCUUUAUGGCACAUAUCCACUAGAGGCCCUUGCUACCACCGCGGUCUUGUUUGGUGGUAUCAUUUCGCACAAACUAAUCUCCGAUAUUCCUCUUGAGAUUGGCCUUGGCAUGAUCCUUGAAGCUGUCAGAGACCACCCUCCCGACGAAUCAAUGUACAAGUUUGGCCUACAAGCUCUUAUUCAACUGUACCCUCGACUGCGCGAGUGGCCAGGAUUCUGCAAUCAGCUACUUCAAGUUCCCGGGCUUCAAGGAACCGAAGCCUGGAAUAAAGCUGAAGAUGUUUGCCGCGGUCACCAGGAAGAUAUGGCUCGUAAUGGAUUUGGGGAUGCCGGUCAUCACCCAUUAAUGAACGGGGGCCCAAUGACCAACGGGAACAUCGAUGAAAUGCUUGCCAAUGAACCCACUGCCCCUCCAUUCAGCGCAUUGAACGUUGAUCCACGAGUGGAUGGUAACAGUGAAGAUCCUAGCACAGAUGCCCAGGAGAAAAUCCAGUUUGUGUUGAACAAUAUCACCGCUGACAAUUUGGAGACCAAAUUCAACGAGCUUAAAGAUGUAAUGGACGAACAUAAUCAGCAGUGGUUCGCGGGCCAUUUGGUCGAGGAGCGAGCGAAGAUGCAACCAAAUUACCAUCAACUAUACCUGGAUCUUGUCAAACUCUUCGGAAGAAAAACCCUCUGGGCGGAGACUCUACGCGAGACUUACAUCAGUGCCAUCCGGAUGCUCAAUUCUGAAGCCACAAUGCAGUCCCAGGUAGAGCGAGCACAUCUAAAGAACUUGGGGGUUUGGUUAGGUUCCCUGACACUUGCUCGAGACAAGCCUAUCAAGCACAGGAACAUUGCAUUCAAGCAACUACUUAUGGAGGCCUAUGAUACCCAGCGGCUGAUUAUCGUCAUCCCGUUUGUCUGCAAGGUUCUUGCUCAGGGCAAAUAUUCAACAGUCUUCAAACCGCCGAAUCCCUGGAUCAUGGACAUUGUUCAGCUUCUGAUUGAACUUUAUCAUCAUGCCGAGCUAAAGCUCAAUCAGAGAUUCGAGAUCGAGGUGCUUUGUACAGAGCUGGAGUUAGACCAUACUCGAAUCGAACCUUCGGCCGAUAUCAUGAACCGUGUUCCACCCAUCGAAGAAGCUACAGAAGUGAUGGCCCCAGAGGUCAUGGAUAGAUUUGAAAAUUUGUCAUUGAACGGAAUCGGUGCUGGCGUUGGAAGUGGACGGUUCUCACCUCAAGAAAUCACUUCGUCCAUCCCAGAUCUUGGACCUCUCCUCGUCUAUCCACCUACCAAUGACCUCGUCAAUCAACCCCGCCUACAGGAAAUCCUCAGAACUGCGAUCACCCGUGCAGUUCAUGAAAUUAUUUCUCCUGUCGUGGAGCGCUCUGUCACUAUUGCCGCCAUCUCAACUGCCCAGAUGAUACACAAGGACUUUGCAACUGAACCAAACGAAGCCAGAGUCCGGUCUGCAGCAAUCAACAUGGUAAAGAAGACCGCAGGUAGCCUUGCCCUAGUCACGUCAAAGGAGCCAUUACGGGCCGGUAUGACAAACUACAUCAGGGCCCUGUCUCAAGAGCUGCCCCAGGGUUUACCUGAGGGAACUAUCAUCAUGUGUGUCAACUCGAAUCUCGACCUAGCAUGUAGCCAAGUGGAGAAGAAGGCAGAGGAACGUGCUGUGCCCGAAAUCGAGGAGAUGAUCGAACCCGAACUUGAACGGCGUCGCCAACACAGAGCCUUGAGGCCAGAUGAACCUUACUAUGACCCUGAACUAAGCCGCUGGUCAUGGACGAUUCCAAGUCCAUACAAGCUGCAGCCAUCUAUGAGCGGCUUGAACCAGGAUCAAAUGGCCAUCUAUGAUGAAUUUGCAAGACAACCACGUGCACCAUCCCUUUCAGGCACUACUCACAUUCCUUCAGCCUCUGAUACGACAAGAUCGAUGGCGAAUGAUAUUUUACAAGACCAGUAUCCCGCUGUACCCAAUCUUCCAACACCAGCAGAACCUCCGGCGAUGCCCCAUCUCAGCAAUCAGCAACCUCCGUAUGUUCAACCAAACGCCAGCAUGGCCAAUGCGAGAAUGCCUAUAACGAUGGAUAUCAGAAGCGUGGCAGACAAAGUGCAUAAAACCCUAAUUGAACUACAGCGUGUCUGUGGAGAGGCCUCUGAGCAGCAUUAUGCAGAUCUGCCACGGCCUCACCCAGUCCUUGACGUUCUCGAUGCUUUGUAUGGCUUGAUGUUCAGAAGCGCCCAAGGCCCAGAAUCCUUGGAUAUCCAUAUUGUAGAUCAGAUUUGCGGGCUACUCUUCAGUGGCCUUCAAGAAGACGAUCUCCUUGUGGAGAGCCUGGUCCAUGUCCUGCAGAAUAUCUGCAGAAUUGGCGGCAGACUUGCGAGCAGGGUGGCUCUCUUUAUUGGGCACCAACCUGGUGAAGCUCUAUUAAAUGUUGCCUUGGUCACAGCGCUAGUUAAAGCCGACAUGUUGGAGUGGCAGCGUAUCGAUUCGGCUGCAUCCAAAGCCAUCCUGCAGCGCAAGGAGGAAGCUCUUGGUUUCUUGUCGUCCUUGCUUGACGCGGUUCUACUGAACGAUUCCCCUAUUGCACUAUAUGCCGACUUCGCAAAGAGCCUAGAAGUUGCGUGGCAAUGGAUCGAGGAGGACCCAGAACUUGAAAUUGGGCAACAACUGAAGCAGAAGCUGACGAGCUCUGGUCUUCCUCAAUCCCUUGGCCGAAGCAAUGAUGACCAGAUGGCUGAACGCCAAGAUCAAAUGGACUAUAUCUUCGAGGAAUGGGUGCAUCUAUGCAGUAACCCGAAUGCUAGUGAGAAAGCGACACAACAGUUCAUCUCACAAAUGUACGACAAGCAGAUUAUCAACAAUAGGGAUGACUUGUGCCUCUUCUUACGCCUUUCAAUUGACUCUUCUGUCGACCGCUUCGAGCAACACACCCAAAACAAUGGCAGCAUCAACGAUGGCUACAUCUCGAUUGACUCGCUUGCAAAGCUUAUUGCGCUGCUUGUCAUCGGACGCGAGCGUGAAGGUGAAGUCAAGAUCGAUAGGCCUCUUUUCCUCAAGUCAAUCCUAUCUUUGGCUGUCUUGGUCUUGAACCACCAUCAUGUCAUUCGUGGUGAGCACUUCAAUCAAAAGGUGUUCUUCCGCUUGUUCUCCACAAUCCUCACCGAAUUCAAUACUCUAGAGGAUGAGUUCACGGAGUCUGAACGCCAACAAACCCUCUUAGUACUUGCGCGCAUCUUCCAGGAUAUUCAGCCUUCCUAUUUCCCUGGCUUCAUGUUCGGAUGGCUUGGCCUAGUCGCCCACCGUGACUUCAUGCCCCACCUGUUGAGACUUCCUGGCCAAGUCGGUUGGGAGCCGUUCGCCAACCUUAUGGAGAAUCUGACAUCGUAUACUGGCGAGCUUCUCAAACCGUUGCACCUCACACCAGUGACUAAGGAGAUAUAUCAGGGAGUACUCAAGAUACUCGUGGUCUUGCAACAUGACUUCCCAGAUUUUGUCGCGGCCAAUCACUCAAAGCUUUGCGCCAACAUUCCAAGCCACUGCAUUCAGCUUCACAACUUGAUCCUAAAUGCCAAUCCAGCACCCUUCUCCAAGCUACCUGAUCCUUUACAGCCAGGCCUGAAGAUUGACCGAAUUGAUGAAAUUCGUGAGUCUCCGGACAAUAUGAAUGAUGUCGAGGCGCCCCUGCGACAGUCUGGUCUAAUACAGGUGCUUGAUCAGGCGCUACAAAGCGGCCCCUCUGAAGAUGCCGUUGCUCAUAUUGCUCAUGCAAUUCAGCAGAGAAAAGGACGCCAAUCUGGACCUGGAUUUGUCCCUAUCAACGUGGACCGCAAGCUGAUUGAGUCCCUCGUGGUCUACGUGGGCAUGCAUUCCAUCGCCAGAGCCACACAGAAAGGCGGGCCAUCCUAUGUUCCGGCGUCUCCUGAUGCUGCAUUAAUCUCCAUGCUCGUUCAUGAGCUCCGCCCUGAAGCACGAUACUACCUUCUUAGCAGUCUCAUUGACCAACUGCGGUUCCCCAAUGCCCAUACUCAUUAUUUUAGCCAGGCGCUGCUGGAAGUGUUUGGCAGUGACCUCAACGACCAAGAAGAGUCUGAUAUCCGGCAGCAAAUCACCCGCAUACUCCUGGAGAGGCUAAUUGGACAAUGGCCACACCCCUGGGGUCUUAUUGUUACCAUUCAUGAGCUUGUCAAGAACGAGAAGUAUAUGUUCUUUGAUCUACCCUUCAUCAAAUCGAAUCCAGAUGUGGUUGAACGUUUCGCGGCCAUUGCAACCCGUCCUAUUCCAAUGUGA